AUGACACGGAAAUUCUUGGACAAAGCAAGCCUUGAAAAGCGUUUUCGCGAGCUGGAUAGUGACGGGAGCGGAUGGCUGAGUAAAGAAGAAUAUACUAAAGAGGUUGAACGUAUGGGCUAUCCUGCUUCAUUAGCACAGGCAAGUUUCCUCAUUACUUUGAAUAGCGGAGCGAGGUGGACGUGGAGGGAUCAGACAUGUCAAACUCUGGUAUUUAUGAGGGUGUUUGACAAGGACAAUGAUGGCCAGGUUACAAUGACGGAAUUCAUCACCUCACUAAUGAACGUGCAGAGAGUAAGUUAUAUGUUUGUGCGCUCGUAUGCCGUUUUUCAUUUCCUCUAUGCUUGUGAUGAAGAUGAGUAA